AUGAAAGAGUAAGGCAGGGUAGAGCUGAAGAGAGGGAGCAGGGUCAGGUGUAGGCUUGUUUCGCUGAAAGCAAUUUCAGCGUUUCUAAGCCUGUGUUUUUUCUUACCACAUCCCUGCUAAGAAGGCAACUCUGCGAAGAUGAAAUACAUCAUAGGCAUUGGAGGUGUCACCAACGGUGGCAAAACCACCCUGACCAACAGGAUCAUCAAGGCGCUCCCCAACUGUUGCGUGGUCCACCAAGAUGACUUCUUCAAGCCACAAGAUCAAAUAGAAGUCGGGGAAGACGGCUUUAAACAAUGGGAUGUGUUGGACUCCUUGGAUAUGGAGGCAAUGGUGAGCACUGUGCGUGCAUGGAUUGAGAACCCAGUGAAGUUUGCCCGUUCCCACGGGGUGAAUGUUACGCCUGGCUCUAAAGAGCCAGCCUCCAAAGAUAUCCAUAUAUUGGUCAUUGAAGGCUUCCUGCUUUAUAAUUACAAACCACUGAUAGACCUAUUUGACAUACGCUACUACCUGGCGGUGCCAUACGAUGAAUGCAAAAGGAGGAGAAGUACACGGAACUACACCGUUCCUGAUCCACCGGGUCUCUUUGACGGACACGUCUGGCCCAUGUACUUAAAACACAGGAAAGAAAUGGAGGACUGCGGUGUUGAUGUUGUUUAUUUAGAUGGACUGAAGUCUAGAGAUGAACUUUAUAACCAAGUCUUUGAAGAUAUUCACAACAAGCUUUUAAAUUGCUUAUAGUUAUACCUUCCUUUCUUGCUUUUCAGGGUCUCAGAAGACCUGAAAGACCCGUGUACAGGAUGAUGUAAAUAGUACUUAGAAGUCAGAAUGAGCAUUUUAUUUGUGUAAACUCUUCUUAUACUGUCCUUUGGGAAGUAUCUUUUGUAUAUAAUUGAAAAAUGAAGAUAACUUAUUCAUAACUCUGUGAUGGACAGGAUUGUUUUGGUGUUUUGGUUUUUUUAUUAUUUUAUAUUCCACUGGCUUACGAAACAUAAGUUGAAAAUGUGUUUUUUAUAAUGGAACAAGUAGAGCAACUUGUAGAAACAACUGACUCUUCUGCUUAUGUGCUUCUGCAGUUAUUAAGUCUUUAUGUAAUGGCUUGUUUGUAAUGUCAUCUCUUAAAAGAAAAACAGGAAAAAAAAGACUUUGAUUUUUACUGAA